AGAUGAGUUACUUUGUUGCCAUUCUCAUGGGAUCCGACUCGGACCUUCCCCUUCUCGAGAAGACUAUGUCGACUCUUGACUCCCUCGGCAUCAAGUGGGAGGCCAAGGUGACCUCCGCUCACAGAACUCCCGCGGACACGCACGCCUACGUCAAGGAUGCUGAGCAGAGAGGCUGCGUCGUCUUCAUCUGCUGCGCUGGCCUCGCCGCCCAUCUUGGCGGAGCUGUUGCCGGCCUCACUUGCAGGCCUGUCAUCGGUAUCCCCGGAGACGGAGGUCCUCUCAAGGGACACGACGCUCUCCUUUCCACCGUCAUGAUGCCUGGCGGCGUCCCUGUCGCCACCGUUGCCAUCGGGUCGGCUGGUGCCACCAACGCUGGCUACCUCGCUGCUCAGAUGAUCGCCAUCGCUGACCCUGCGCUGUAUGAGCGCGUGAAGCAGGACAGGGAGAAGAACGCUGAGGCUGUUCGCCAGAAGGACAAGGCCCUGCAGGAGAAGCUCGCACAGAGAUAGAUGACUUACACAUGCAGAAGACCUUGUCUCAGUAGUCCUCCUCUUCCUCAAAGACGCUAAUAAAUCUUCCUGUACAUCUGA